CUGUAUAAUUAACUAAUGAUAACCAGCAGAAAUUUGGCAUCAUUGCAUUGUACUUAACCUAAAAAAACCUUGAACUAAACGUAGCCAUUUAAGCACGUUGCAUUUUACCUUUUCGGACAAUUAAUUAGUAAUCCAAAAUGAAUACGAACGUAGCAGCUGCCAAAAAGGGCAAACCGGCGGUCGCAAAACAGCCACCGGCCGCAAAUAAACAAGCUGCGGCGAAAUCGCCGAAGGCCAAAGCCGAUCCGGCGAAGCAGUCUCUCGAAAAGAAAUCCGCCCGUCCGAAGCAUCUCACCCCGAAGCAGAAGAGACUUAGGAAGAUACAGCUGCGCGUCGCAAAGGUGCAAAAUCUGAGGAGGCAGAUGAAGGCGGGCGACGCGAAGACGAAACAGGAAGUCGAGAAGGUCGUACAGAUGCUGUCGAAAAAGAAGGAGAAGAGCAAACAUCAAAAACGGAAGUUGAGCAUGUACAAAAACUUGCUUUCGGGCAAUUUCGUUGUCAAGGAGGCGAAGAAGAGUAAAGAGAGCAAGAAGGCGGCGAAACCAAAACCGAAAGCCGGCGCUCCCGCUAAGACCGCCGCCGCCAAACCGAAGCAGGACAAGAGCAAAAAGGUCAAGGCGCAGAAGUAAAUAAGUUACGUUGUAGUUUUAGGGCUGAAAUUAUGUUUUUUUCUUUAAUAAAAAAAAUGUAAUCUCCCA